CAGCGAAUAGAGAGGUUGUGGUGCGGCGUAAACAGAUGGCGAAAUUACUUAAGACGAGGAAGUUAUUGAAUUACUAAUAUACGUUUCGGUGGCUCCUGCCCAUUAUUAAGGCAAAUGUCCGGCUUCAUUGAGGAAAAAACCUGUAUGUUGCCACGCGUAGCGCUCAUAGCGUGUGGAUGCUUUAGCCCUCCAACGCCUAUGCAUUUGCGUUUGUUCGAGAUAGCACGAGAUUACUUUGAGCUUCGUGGUACACAUAAGGUUGUGGGUGGCAUUAUAUCACCCACACAUGAUUCCUAUGGCAAGAAAGGACUGGCGCCUUCGAUGGAUCGCUGCGCCAUGAUAAAGCUUGCGGUUCAGACCUCCAACUGGAUACGUUUAUCCGACUGGGAGGUACACCAGCCGCAAUGGAUGCGCACACAAUCCGUGCUGCAGCAUCACCAGAACUACUUAAACAACUAUAUCAACUCGCCGGGCGAUGAGGAGCAAAAUGGCCUACUACCUGGUUGGUUGCCACUCGGUCUUCGCGAACGUCGUGAUCCCAUAAGUCUAAAGCUGCUAUGUGGCGCCGAUUUACUAGAAUCUUUUGCAGUGCCCGGUUUGUGGGCCAACGAGGAUAUUGAAGAAAUUGUUGCGAACCAUGGACUAGUUGUCAUAUCCCGCUGUGGCUCAAAUCCUGAGAAAUUCAUAUUUGAAUCGGAUAUUCUAACCAAAUAUCAGCGCAACAUAACGCUUAUUACAAACUGGGUGCCCAACGAAGUCAGCUCUUCUCUGGUGCGCCGUCUCCUAAAUCGAGGUGAAUCGGUCAAGUACCUUCUAGAUGAGCUGGUGCUCAGUUAUAUAAACCGUCAGGGGUUGUACAAUGUGAAAUCUAAGUAUAUAACGGAUGCAGUGCGUCCAAAUCGUUUGAAUUUCAAUCGCGUUUACAUGGAUAAUAACAAGAAUUCAGUGAAAUUGGACAAUGAUCAAUCGGAACAGCUAAUGGAUGAAUCGGACAGUCCGCUUAGGCAGCAGACAGCACGCGUCUUUUGCUGUGGCGAAACGACACGGGCCACCACCAAGCUGCUCCUGAACCGCUCAGGACCGGGUCAGGCCGUGCAGGUCAUAACAGUACAGGCCAAAGACAACGGCAGCAACGACGCCUUGGAGCAAACGCAGGCCAAGAAACAGAAGAUUGCCCAAGUGCAGCAGGUCUGAAGUGCUCAAACGAGAAAUUACGGAUUAAUACAGGCUGGAUACUUACAAUGGACUAUGUUUUUGGUGUUGUAGAUAUCAUAUUGUAAAAAUAAAUAAAUGUUAUUUACUGGUUAAA